CAGGGGUGAAAGUUGAUUGGAGCGCGUUUCGUUGUCUUUGUACCAGGAGAGUGGAGUCUGAUCACGCAAUUGUGUGUCUUCCCUCUUCCCCGAAUCCUCUCUAAAUUCCCUCCCGAACCUUUCCCCUUUUUACCCUAUAAACCCUACCCCUCCCCUGAACUCAUCGCCAGGGUUGGAACAGGUUCAACAGUGGUGACCAAAGAGCAUACAGUAGAACCAGGUAUAUCUCCAAAGCACAGGGAUGGACUCCAGCGUGAUUGAAGGUGGACUCAAUGUCACUCUCACCAUCAGGCUGCUUAUGCAUGGUAAAGAGGUUGGAAGCAUUAUUGGAAAGAAAGGUGAAUCAGUGAAGAAGAUGCGAGAAGAGAGUGGCGCUCGCAUCAACAUCUCAGAAGGGAACUGCCCAGAGCGCAUCAUCACCCUGGCAGGACCCACCACUGCCAUUUUUAAAGCCUUCUCCAUGAUCAUUGAUAAACUCGAAGAGGAUAUUAGCAGUUCCAUGUCCAAUAGUACAGCCACCUCAAAGCCUCCUGUCACACUGCGCAUUGUUGUGCCGGCCAGCCAGUGUGGUUCUCUUAUCGGUAAAGGUGGCUGCAAGAUCAAAGAGAUCAGAGAGUCAACGGGAGCUCAGGUACAGGUGGCAGGGGACAUGCUGCCUAACUCCACUGAAAGAGCCAUUACCAUUGCUGGGACACCGCUCUCCAUCAUCGAGUGUGUCAAACAAAUCUGUGUUGUCAUGCUGGAGUCUCCUCCCAAAGGUGUCACCAUCCCGUAUCGACCCAAACCCUCAGGUUCGCCUGUUAUCUUUGCUGGAGGACAGGCAUAUGCGGUGCAGGGACAGCAUGCCAUUCCCCAACCUGAUCUCACUAAACUUCACCAAUUGGCAAUGCAGCAAAGUCCGUUUCCUCUGGCCCCAAGUAGCCAGGGAUUCACUGCUGGCAUGGAUGCCACCACACAGACCGGCUCUCAUGAACUAACCAUUCCAAAUGACUUGAUUGGCUGCAUCAUUGGCCGUCAAGGUGCCAAGAUAAAUGAGAUUCGCCAGAUGUCAGGAGCUCAGAUCAAGAUCGCCAAUCCUGUUGAAGGCUCCAACGACCGCCAAGUCACCAUCACUGGCUCCCCAGCCAGCAUCAGCUUGGCUGAAUACCUCAUCAAUGCUAGACUUUCUUCUGAGGCAACAGGACUGGCUACAAACUGAGCUUCACGUACGCCGCCAUAUCUCCAUUAGCCAGUUACCCCCACCCCCGCUACCUAUAUACACACGCGCACACACACACACAAACAAACACAAGUGUGCGCAAGUGUGCACUCACUUUCUGCAAAAAAAAAAAAAAAAAAAGCAACCAAGUAUUCUCAACCCAGCUUUUGUCCUCACCCAUGCAGGCUGUGCUUCAUAAAUAUAUUUUCUGGAAGUUAAUAUGCAUAGGUAUUUUAUUUAUUUAUUUCAUGGACAUGUUUUUAAAAUCCCUUUUGCGUAUAGUUUUUAACACUUUGGUUUUCAACAUAUCCUGUUGUACACAAUAUGAUUUAAAAGUUCUGGGAAAAUCUGAAGUUUUUUUUUUUUUUUUUAAAGAUAAGAUUUUUGUCAGAUUUUUCUUACCAAACAUAUGGGGGAACUAAUAACAUAAACUAAUAAGUUCACAGCUUUUUCAGUGUACCAUACAAAAUUGUCUAUUUAUUUUAAUUUAUAUCCAGGAAACUGUCAAUUUCUGGGGUUUGAUGUUUUUGUGCAGACAAGCUCAAUCACGCAUUUCCUGGUUCUUUUGUCCUUUGUUUCCCCCUUUGUUACUUCCCUUGUGUCACCCAAUUUGUGAAGUAUUUCAGUGGAUUGAAGGCUGCAGUGUAUUUGUUGAUUGCUGGUCAAAUAUCUUGUCAUUCCUGUUUAAUAUUUUCCCCAGAAGCCGAAGGCCAUUUUGAUAGAGGGAUGGGCAAGAGCGUGUCAGACAUUUCUGAUAAAUUGAUAAAUAUUACUGAUGUGAUAAGUUGAUUAAUAUUUCUUUUAAACAGAGAGAAUAUUUUUUUUAACCUAUUGGGGUGGGGAGCCUGCAAAGGAUUCCAAACUGACUCAUUGUUUAUAUGGUGUGACUGAUUAAUCAACUAGAAGGAUCAUUCUAGAAGUAACACUAGUUUCCUCUUUUCUCAGUUUGCUUGGUUAAAUCUUUUUUAUUUUGUAAAUGAGAACCUAAAACUUUUUUUGUGCACGUUUUCAGAAUAUUCUAGAUUUGAAGUGCAACAGGAAUGAAAAAAAUAUAAAAUGCAAAUUAAAAUGAUGUGAAAUGCUAAAA